GUACCUAUUGUAUGUAUCAAGUUUUUCUAAAAAAUUGCCAUGCGAGAAUGACGCCUUUGAUGAAACUCAAACUGUGAAAAGUUAAUUUCAAGUUUUAAACAAUAGAAUCAAGUAGAUACUUAAAUAAAUUACGUCAGUUUUACUAGCAAGAUGUUCUCGUCCAUAUUUGGUAAACGCCGUUCAUCACCAGUUGAAGAUGACACUCCUCCGAUUCCUGGGCCCAAACCAGACGAUGGAUUUGUGGUGAUCGACCCAUUGUCUCCUGGAGGAAGUCUUUAUCCAAGUGUACCCAGCGGCUCAUGCCCAAUAAGACCAGCCCCUGCUAUUCCACAAAGACCAGCGGUUCCGAAAAUAGAUCAAUCUUUCCAUUAUCUACAAGGUGUACCAUUCACACUAUGUCGUGAACUACAAUUGAGCACUAAUAAAGAUUCAAUAGUAUCAGAAGUUGGUGACCUUCUCGCAUUUCUGACUAACAAAUUAAAUUUGAGUGAUUAUGAGUACAAUUUUUCAGUUGAAAAAAGUGUAUUGAAAGAAUGCUAAUCAAAGAUGACAUAACUGAAUCUAAAAAAGUGAGUAAGAUUGCCAUAAUAUAAGUGCCCAAGCAACUCUAUACUUCUACUUAGAAGUAAAAAGUUACUAAUUGUAAGGUCUAUCAGUAAUUUGAAGUCAUUUUUUAUUAAGAGAUCAG